AUGAAGUAUCAUGAAGUAGAAACUGGUCUCAAGUCUCGAGUUGUCAUUUCUCAACUGAGGCAGGCAUGCACCACACCACCAUCGCCUCACCAGGAUCUUCUAGUGCGACUUCCUGAUCUUCCGGGAGCCGUUGGCCCACAAGACCCACGAGACCCACGAGACCAAGGCCGCUCCCGCCCCGACUCUUCCCAUCGCUCUGAGUCGCCUAAUCCGACUUGUGGCAAGUUGCAUCGCCUGGCGAGGGAGAAGAAGGAUGAAAAAAAACUGGAGGAAUUCCUGGCGAAGUACCACUUUGAGGACGUCGAAGGCGACUGUGCACUGCCACUACGCAGUCGGCCACUUUGUCUCUUCUUCAGCACCCCAGAACGUUUCUUCCCAAUCCACGUGGCAUCGCAGGAGGGAAAUCUUCGUGUUGUGCACAUGUUACUGCAGCAUAAGGUGGAUCCCCAGCAAAAGACUUCUCGUGGUCGGACAGCAUUGGCUGUGGCAAAGGCAUCCUUCGAACGGAGAGAGUUACCGGGCCAUCUUGGGAUCAUCAGUUUGCUGCAAAACAACGUCCAAUUUUUGAGCGCGCGGGAUCUGAAGUCUCAAGGAUGA